GUUGGUUUGCUUCAUGUUAGAUCAAACUCAACAGAACCAAUUGUCAGUGCCUAGGGUUCAGGAUCUGCCAGCCAGACUUCAAAUUUCUCUGCACUAUGUUUAGUUACUAGUAGAUCUUCUAAAUAUUAAUAUUUAUUCAACAGGCUCAUGCCAUUUCUUUGGUCCUGUUUCUUGCCUCUUGAAAGACUUGGUCAAAGGGAACUAAGUUGAACAAGGCAAAGGAGACUCCUACAUAUUGGCAUGGAUCAAUCUGAAGAGCAGCAGCAACAGCAGCCAGCGAUAGGAUCAAGUUCAGCUCAAUUGUCCUACUCUACCCCCUACCAAACUGGAGCUAUGGUGGUGUCAGGGGCCCCUGCAGUAGCAGUCACUUCAACCCAGACGGCAGCUGGCUUCUCUGCUUACCAGCAGGCUCAGCAGUUCCAGCAACAACAGCAGCAGCAACAACAGCAGCAGCUUCAUGUUUUCUGGACCAACCAGAUCCAAGAGAUUGAGCAAACAGCUGACUUCAAGAACCACAGCCUCCCGCUUGCGAGGAUCAAGAAAAUAAUGAAGGCUGAUGAGGAUGUCCGUAUGAUAUCGGCUGAGGCUCCAGUUGUAUUUGCAAAAGCCUGCGAGAUGUUCAUCUUGGAAUUGACAUUGCGGUCAUGGAUCCAUACGGAGGAGAACAAGCGACGGACACUGCAGAAGAAUGACAUUGCUGCUGCCAUUACAAGGACCGACAUAUUUGACUUCCUUGUUGAUAUAGUCCCAAGGGACGAGUUGAAGGAGGAAGGACUUGGGAUUCCUCGGGUUCCUACAAUUGGUGCCCCUGCAGAUUCUAUCCCAUACUACUAUGUGCCUCCACCUCACCAAGUGGGAGCUCCAGCAGCAGCAGCGCUUUAUGCUUCUCAGCCUCGCCCAUCUGUGCCCUAUGUGCCUAGCAUCCCAUGGCCUAAUCCUCCUCAGCAGCAACAAACUCAACAAUCUCAACAGCAGCAUACCAAUGCCUGAUAGCGGCUGAGGUAAGGGCUGUUUCAAAGUUUUGCCCAUGCUGUGAAUGUGUCAGACAAGUAAUAGAGAUUGUAUUUUAUAACAUAUGUACAAGGGUUGUGGUAGGUUUUAGUGGUGCAUAUGAUGUCUUAGUUAUGGUAUAUCAAUGUGUCAUAGUAGCCGGAUUUAGUAUUUGCAUUAGUAAUAGUUGGUUUCAUGUCAAGAUCUUAGUUACAACAUCUA